AUGUCUGGAGCGGCCCUAGGAGAUGUCGCGAGAGGGGCGGGUCUUGCGACCGGGACGGUUGGGGGUGGGACUGUGAACAUGGCGCCGUUGUCGACGCGCAUCGUCCCCGGACUGGUGCACGACGUGUGGCAGCAGGACAAGUCCCUGCCGAAGUACCCCAAGCUGACGUCAGACGAGGAGGAUGACGUCAUCAUCGUGGGCGCCGGCAUCGCGGGGCUCAGCAUCGCGUACAAUCUGGUGCAAGCUGGCAAGAAGGUCAUCGUUCUUGAGCGGUAUAGCAUUGGUGCGGGUCAAACCGGUCGCACGACCGCCCACAUCAUGAAGUGGAACGACGACUACUACUACACGCUGGAGAGCAAGUUCGGCACGCACGCUGCUUCUCUGGUGGCGGACAGCCACAAGAAGUCGAUCGACUGGGUGAAGAACGUCGUGGAGAAGGAGAACAUUGACUGUGACUUUCAGCUCGUGCCGGGGUACCUCUUCGGUCACGAUGACGAUAUCCGGCACAAGGCGGGCCCGUCGAGCUCUACGCGCAAGACGCUUGAGAAGGAGUUCGACGCGGCCCAUCGGCUGGGCCUGACCGAUACGCAGAAAGUGCACCUAGGGUAUGACACCAAGCGGGGGACCAUCGAGAGUGCCUCCUGUUCCCGGACAACGGCGACUUCCACCCGCUCAAGCAUCCAAAAUAUGACGUUAGUCUAUCGCUCCUCAUACGGCUUGGGCAAGCUGUGCUCAAAGCUGACGUCCCAGCACUUUCCGAAGCUGACGUCAUCCCCGCUCCUCCGGCCGCAGUACAUCCACGGCCUGGCCCGCUGCAUCGCGGAGAAGGGCGGCAAGAUCUUCGAGCAGACGCGCGUCAUGGGCCAGACCGCGCGCGACAUCAGCACGGAGGACGGCCACAAGGUGCGCGCGCGCGCGGGCGGGGGUGGCGUCGUGCUCUUGACCAACAGCCCCAUCGACCACAACCUCGCGGUGCACGCGCGCCAGUUGGCGGACCGCUCGUACGUCGUCGGGCUCAAGAUUCCCAAGGGAUCCCUCGAGAGGUGCUCUACCGCUGGACAGGCCAGGUGGGCGCGCGCGCGGGCGGACGUGGCCCGGUUUGGGGUGCUUGUGUACGAGCCCGCGGACAACCUGGGGCUGUACGGAGUGGAGCCCUUCUCUGAGGUCCUCGAUGGCGGACACCUGUACAUUGCAACAGGCGACAGCGGGCAGGGCAUGACGGGCGGCACCAUCGCGGGGAUCGUCAUUGCUGACCCCAUCCUGGGCAAGCACAACCCGUGGGCUGACGUGUACAGCCCCAAGCGCAUGAUUCACGGCCUCUCAUCCCUGGCGCCCCUCGCAGAGGAGUUCGCCAAAAACAUCAAGGGGUACGGCGAGCUGUUGCUGCCGAGCAAGCUCCAGUCGGCGGACGCCCUGGCCAACGACGAUGGCGACAUCUUCCAGAAGGGCAUCCACCACGUGGCGGCCUACAAGGACGCGGAAGGCAAGCUGCACGAGUACUCAGCGAUCUGCCCGCACAUAAAGGCGCUCCUCCAGUGGAACCCGUUGGACAAGACAUUCGACUGCCCGUGCCACGGCUCCAUCUUCGACCGCUACGGCCGCGUCAUCAACGGGCCCGCCAAGGCCGACCUCUUCCCAGCGCCCGUUUAG